CAUGGCUGGGUGCCGAGGAUCUGUCUGACUGUUCCCAGGCCGUGCUGAUGCUGCUCUGCCAGAAGAGAGAUGGGGAAAAGAUACUUCUGUGACUACUGUGACAGGUCCUUUCAGGACAACCUUCACAACAGGAAGAAGCACCUCAAUGGAGUGCAGCAUCUCAGGGCUAAGAGGGUCUGGUACGACUUAUUCCGAGAUGCUGCCGCUAUCCUGCAAGAGGAGCAAACCAAGAAACCUUGUCGGAAGUUCCUGCAAACAGGACAGUGUGAUUUCGGGUCCAACUGCAGAUUUUCCCACAUGACAGAGCAGGACCUGGAGAAGCUGAGUGCCCAGGUUCAAGGGGAGCAGAGAUCAAAGGAGCUGCGGCAGGAGGGAGCAGAUGUCCCGCCUGGCACCAUUGAGGACUGGCUGGAGAAGAGAGCAAAGAGACUGAGCGCGGCUCAGAGCAACAGUGUUCUGCCUGAGAAACCAGCUCCUUUCCAGUACCCACCGGGCUGGCCACCAGUGCAGGACCUGCCCCCCUCCCUGCAGGCCCCCCCACCCGGAGGAUGGCCGGUCCCCCCUAACCUGCAGUGGGGCUGAAGCUCAGGGACACCCGCAGAAGUUGUGCUGGAGAUGGACUUCUUCCUCACCCGCUCUAAGAAAAGGACAAAAUUAUUUAUACACACUUUGAUAUCAAUAAAAGCCUUCCCCCCUCC